GCAGUAAAUGCAUUUUUUUGUUAUUGUUGUAACAACAAUUAUGUAUUACAGGAAAAGCUUUGCAACAAUAUAUUUUGGAAUUUAUAAUAUCUAGAGUGGAGGUUAUCAGUAACGAAAUGUAUGCAAAUAUUUUGGUCCGAAAAUCAGCAAUUUCCGCAAGGAAUAGCUAAAGUGACGUCACAAAAUCAGAAUUUAGUAAUUUCACAGAUUCUCAAAUCAGACCAGAAUUUUUAUAUUAUAUUAAUACCAGAAAGUAGCUUAGAAACAGUAAUUAUGAGAACAAAGAGAGUCUUCUACGAUACAGAAAGCAAAAGAGGUUAGUUCAAAAGUGUAAAAAGGUGAAAAUCAAGCGUCCCUACCUUCUAACACAAUAGGUAAUGGGAAAGCAGACGGCUUGGAAAUUUGUUCUUUCGAAUAGCUCACUGGACAUGUCGGCACUUUGAUUCAAUAAUUGGUUCAAUUCGGUUCAGAGGUGAAACAACCGCUGUACCUCUUUGUAAUAGUUCAAACUGAACUAAGAGGUUUCAAGUCUUUCAAGCAAGAAAAACAAAUCAAAUCAAUUUUUAUAGGGUUGGAAAUACAAAAACUCUUUAUAAAAUUCAAUUUCAUUCAAUUUACAAAGUUCAAGGUCAAAGGUCAAAUCCACAAAUCAAUAAUAAUUCCAAAAAGCUUCUGUAAAACCUCAAAAACCAAACUGGUUUCCUACUCGGAAAAAAUUUCACACGAAUCGAGCAGAAUCAUUUUGUCAUGCCAAAAGGGUAUUUCCAUUGCAAAAGAAACUCAGCAAUUAGUUUAUGUGCCACACAUUAGACAAUCGACAAUAAAACGGUGCGCUUGGCCUCGCUGCAUUUUUAGUGCAUUUUCAACAAUCGACCGAUGAGUAUCGCAGAACGUUUGUAAAAAAAAGACGCGAUUUCAAAACUAAUAAAUAAAUUUCAAAGCAACUAACAACCAAGCGACAUAAUGCCUACAAAAUCGGUGCACAAGUGGAUGUCGGACGAAAUGGCGCGUCUCUCGACGAAAUUCGCGCGCUACAAGCCCAGCUGCAACGGUUACAAUCGCAUACAGCCGGUGUUGCUGUCGCGCAGCGUCACUCAAAUGCUGAAUAAUCCACUGCCAGUGGAGGAUCAAAUUGGCAGCACGAUGACGGCAGGACAACAGCAGCAGCACCAGCCGCAACAGAGACAACAACAAGGACAUGUGCGUCCGAAGGGUGUGCUCAGUCGCUCGGAAGCCGAGUGGGAAGAGGUCUAUCCGACGGUGCAGUUCGGUACAAUGGAGCAUUGCAAAGCGGAUGGCAAGACGACAGAGCGAAAAUUCGCUUAUUAUCGCAAUUGUUCGACGAGGAUAAUUUAAAAAUGCUUUUUUUUUAGAUCUUUACAUACAUAUGUACGAGUAUGUAUGUAUGUAUGCAUGUAGUUAGUGCAAUGCGUUUUUAGCACUGCCGCUUAUUCAUUGAAUAUUUAGUAUUAGCUUUUGCAAUGCAGAAUUUUUGCAAAAAGAAUUCAUUUAUAUUUAAAUGUGAGAAAUUGUUGAGUUAAUUAUUAACAAAAUAUAAAAAAAAAAAAUAAAAAAGAAAUAAAUAAUUAAUAAAAAAAGUUUCAAAAUAUAAAAAUAAUAAAAUGUAUUUUGGAAAAUUUGAUAUGUGUUGAAUAAAUAUUGAAAAUAUUAUAUAAAUACAGUUGAACUUCCAUAACUCGAAGUUCUCCAUAAUUCGAACUCUUGAAUUAGCAAUAGGAAUCAAAUUACCUUCCGUAACUUGUAAGUCUCUCCAACCAACUCAAAAAUUUUUGUGGAUCGUAGUGAUUUAGGGAUCAACUGUAUUAAAAUAAGUGGCAACCCUAUCGGGAUAUGUUUUAACCCUUUAUAGCAUCAUGUGACAGAUAUGUUACAAACCCUUUUAGAGGGCACAAAACAUAGGAAAAUUAAUUUUUCUCUUUUAAGUAUGAUAUACCAGCACUGUCACACUCCGUAUUUUUCAAUUUUAAAAUUCUCUGGUUUUUUAUGUAUUGGCAUCAUUUAUAAAACGGUACUUUCUUUUUCGCUGUGGUAAAGUUAGUGAAUGCACGUGCUUGCAAUUACCGAAAAGAUAAAAAUAAGAAAAUUUUCAGUGUUUUAAUAAAAUAUUUAGUGGAAAAGUUCAGGUACGUUCA